AGUAAACUUUUGUGUACACAAACAAUGCAACGUCACUCUCACAUAAUCACAGCGGCACAAUAGACGCUUGAGGUUUAGAGUCAUUAUCAAGUACAACAGAAAUGCCAACUCUUGGAUAUUGGAAAAAUAAAGGUUUAGCACAGCCGAUUCGAUUGCUUUUAACAUAUGCCGGGGUAGAGUUUGAAGAUGUACAGUACGGACAAGGGCCUCCGCCGGAUUUUAGCAGAGAAUCGUGGUACAGUGUAAAACCAAAGUUUGGAGAAUUUUUGUCCUUUCCCAAUCUUCCGUAUUACAUAGAUGGCGAUGUUAAAAUUUCCCAAAGUCACGCAAUUUUAAGACACGUAGCCCGGAAAUAUAAGUUGGAUGGUGAGACGGAGAAGGAAAAGGCUGUUGUAGAUAUGAUUAUAGAGGAGGCAAUGGAUCUCAGGAAUAAUAUCUACAAAAUAACGUAUACAAGUGUUGAAAACUACGAGAAGUUGAAACCAGAUUUCUUUAAGAAUCUCCCGCCAAAACUAAAACAGUUUGAGAAUCAUCUAGGUGUAAAUGACUGGUUUGCUGGGGACGCUAUAACAGCAGCCGAUUUUUCGAUGUAUGAUCUUCUUGAUUUUCUUCGACGGUUGCAGUCUGAUUGUUUGAAUGCCUUCCCGAAGCUACAGAGUUUCAUUGAUAGGUUUGAAUCUCUACCAAAAGUCAAGGAAUAUAUAUCACUCGACAAAGUCCAGAAUCUGCCCAGAAGUAGCAAAAUUGCAGUGAGGACCUUAUGAAAUCACAUAUUUUCAAUUCGCAAAAAGCAAUGAAUAACAUUUUGAAGAAGACGUCCGUCUGAAGUGUCAGUCUGUCAUAUACAUCAGACCUACGUGCUGUUAAAUGUGUUUUUACAAUAUAUAGUCUAGAUUUAUUUUCGAUUAUAUUACAAGUACACAAUUCUGCAUAUAGUGGAUACUUCAACCAAGAGUUUAACCAAACCUUCAGUCUGCCACGACAAGCUUGUUGAAUCUGUACUUUGAAACUUCAUAAAGAUAUGUCAUUCAUAAGGAGUUGUAAUUGUUGCUUUAAGGCUGCAUACCUUCAAAAUAUUUCAUAAAAAUCAAAUUUGAGAAAAUUGUACUAAGAUGUAAGGAAAAGUAAUAAGUUUCAAGAUUCAAGUAAUAUUUUACAUAUUAUGUACAAUUUAUGACUGAUUUUUCAGUAUCUUUAGCUAUAUUUCUACUGAGUUACUAACGAAGUAAAGGCUAGUUAUGCAUAUUUUGACCACUUUUGGUACUUUACGAGGUUUGUAAGUGCCAUUGAUAAUGUGUAAAUUGCUUCCUUUUGGUUACUUCACAAUAUUACACAUUCAAAUACAUUUUCAAAAUUUUCAUGAAAAUUAGAAUGAAUCUGGAGGCAUGCUGCUUUAAACAUUAUUUAUAAAUCGGUAUUAAAUUUAAUUAUACUAUAAUGUAUAAUUUAA